GGCGCCCGAAGCUGGUUCCCGAGGCGCGGCGGCCGCGGCUGGGGGCGGGGAGGGGGCGCAGGACCCCAGGCGGGGGUCCCGGAGCCGAGGGCCAGUUCCCGUCCCCCAGCAGCAUGGCAUCUUGUGCAGAGGAACCCUCUGAGCCUGCUGCCUUGCCACCUGCUGGGCUUCCCCCGCUUGAGGACUUCGAGGUGCUGGACGGGGUUGAAGGUGCAGACGCUGAGGAGGAAGAGGAAGAGGAAGAAGAAGAGGAUGACUUGAGUGAGCUGCCACCGCUGGAAGACAUGGGACAGUCCCCAGCAGAGGAGGCUGAGCAGCCGGGGGCGCUGGCCCGAGAGUUUCUGGCCUCUGUGGAGCCUGCACCUGCACCAGUCCCGGCCCCGGAAGAGUGGCUGGACAUUCUGGGGAACGGGCUGCUGAGGAAGAAGACGCUGGUCCCAGGCCCUCCAGGGUGCAACCGUCCGACCAAGGGCCAGGUGGUGACGGUGCAGCUGCAGAUGUCACUGGAGAAUGGCACACGGGUGCAGGAGGAGCCGGAGCUGUCCUUCACUCUGGGCGACUGUGAUGUCAUCCAGGCCCUGGACCUCAGUGUUCCCCUCAUGGAUGUGGGUGAGACGGCCAUGGUCACUGCUGACUCCAAGUACUGCUACGGCCCCCAGGGCAGCAGGAGCCCCUACAUCCCCCCGCAUGCGGCGCUGUGCCUGGAGGUGACCUUGAAGACGGCAGUGGAUGGGCCUGACCUGGAGCUGCUCACAGGCCAGGAGCGUGUGGCGCUGGCCAACCGGAAACGCGAGUGCGGCAAUGCUCACUAUCAGCGCGCGGACUUCGUGCUGGCCGCCAACUCCUAUGACCUGGCCAUCAAAGCCAUCACCUCCAGCGCCAAAGUGGACAUGACUUUUGAGGAAGAGGAGCAGCUGCUGCAGCUGAAGGUCAAGUGUCUGAACAACCUGGCGGCCUCGCAGCUCAAGCUAGACCACUACCGCUGCGCUGCGCUGCGCUCCUGCAGCCUGGUGCUUGAGCACCAGCCCGACAACAUCAAGGCGCUGUUCCGCAAGGGCAAGGUGCUUGCGCAGCAGGGGGAGUACAGCGAGGCCAUCCCCAUCCUGAGGGCAGCGCUGAAGCUGGAGCCCUCCAACAAGACGAUCCACGCUGAGCUCUCAAAGCUGGUGAAAAAGCAUGCAGCGCAGCGGAGUACAGAGACUGCCCUGUACCGGAAGAUGCUGGGCAACCCCAGCCGGCUGCCCGCCAAGUGUCCUGGCAAGGGUGCCUGGUCCAUCCCAUGGAAGUGGCUGUUUGGGGCGACUGCCGUUGCUCUGGGGGGCGUGGCUCUCUCUGUGGUCAUCGCUGCCAGGAACUGACCACCCAGGUGGCCACCACCCUCUCCGCACACCGUGGACCCUACCUACCCCCCCAGGCUCCCUGUCCGCUGCCCACUCUGGUCUAGCCCUUCCCCCGGGCCAGGGCAGCAAGGAUGGGGUCUUGUGGCCCGGCAAGUGUGGGGUCGAGGCCCCGGGAGGGCGGUGAGGUGUGGCCCGGAGGGAGGGUGCGUGGGGGCCCUGCUCCUCCAGACCCACUCCCCGCCCGCCCGUCUCCCG